AGAAAAGGCGCCUUUUCCACUGAAAUCAGAGUUUACCCAUCUGACCGCUAACAAAUGCUGCUGCCGUCAGCAGAAGUGAAGCUGUGGGAAGAGAAACCAAAAAAGAGUUAAUUUCCUGAAUGCUCAGGAGUCAAAUGUGAUGUCAAGCCAAAGUGUUGGGACUUGAAAUCAUAAUGGGAAAAGUAUGUGGAAGCACCAAGACUAAAAUGCUAAGAUAUUCUAUUUGAAAUCCUGCAUGCAAACGUGGUAUUUUAUAAGCUAUCCUUAUCUUGAUCUAUAAAAAUAAACACAGCAGUCCAAUAAUUGUAGUGGAGUUUAAAAGUAUUCAAUUUAACAUGGAAGUAUUCUUGUGAAACUAGCAGUAUACUAGUCAAUGUAAAAGAAGAGUACAUUUACACAAGUAGGCUAUUGUAUUGAAAUGUAAUUCUACUUCACUACUUUUAGGAGGUAAAUAUUUCUAUUUUUAUGUUAGAUUGAUAGGUUCAUUCACCUUACGUUAGGAUAUUGAAAACUGUAUGGCACAUAAACAUCAGUGUUCAUUACAUUAAUUCAAAACUAAGGGCAUUUUGGAUAGAAAACAAACAAACAAAUUGGUCAGUCAAGGUGUUUAGAAAUAUGUGAAAUUGUCGGGCUUUUUUAAACUUUUCCACAAGUUACUUAAUGUUUUUAGUAUAAUGUCAUGUCAAUAGGAAAAGCAAUAAAUACAUUCUGCAGUCAUAAAUUCUAGAGCAUUGAGGCGGGAAAAAAAACCCGUUUUAUUUUGAAGGCGCAAACCGGAAAUGUAUCUGUUGACGCUCAGUUCGUGCAGCUUGACGCUUCUUCUGCUGCUGCAUGCAGGCAGAUCGCAUUCCGAUGUGAGCGAAAUGUAACCACCACUGUGCGGACUUUAUGUUUCCUAAAACCGUCUUACUUAAAGGAAUAAAAAGGAGGAAAAUGUCCACUUUGAAGGAGGGGAACACGUGUCCUGACGGAUACAGGGCUUUAAGCACCAGUGAGCUGCAGGAGCUUUUACAAAACGACGAGAAAAUGGACCAAAUCCUUCGACUCAAUGAAAAGUUUCAGGAUCUGCAGGUGGACCGGGAGAUGCUGCUGACGACCAAUCGGAGCGUGGCGGAGGAGAGUCUUGCCCGUCAACCGCGCCUUAAUAACGGCAAACUCCAACUGGCGGAGAAAUACCGGGAACUGUCCAACCUGGCAACCACAUGCUGGGAAAAACAGAGUCUGCUCGGAACCCGCGGGCAGAAGCACAGCCUGCAGUCAGCGCAGAACCUCCUGCAGGAAGAGGUGGCGCGAGCCGAGGAGCAGUCGGAGGAGCUGCUGGAGAAGUUCAUGGAGGGAAACGUGGGCCUGGACGAGUUCCUGGACUCCUUCCAAAGCUCCAGGAAGACGUAUCACAUCCGCCGGGCUCAGGCGGAGAAGAUGCAGGAGGUGGGGAGAAAGAGCAGCAAAAGCAAGAAAGGAUCUGGGGAGGAUAAGAGCAAGGAGGUGAGGAAGGACUCAGAGCAGCUUCAGGAGCCGCAGAGGCCCAACGGCUUCGUAGCGCAGGGACCGCUCAGGGUUUUCCAGGUCCGCUACGGCCUCACGCCUGCCAUCCUCCUCCCACAUUACCCCGUUUCUCCCCCCGCCUCGGCACCAUGUUUUCCAAGUAGUAACCCUCCACCUGAGCCCCAGCUGGGACAGAUCCUCAGCCCCAGCGGCGGCCUUCCCGGACACCACGGACAGCCGGUGGGGUUGAGGGUCAUCGGACAGUUACCGGGAGGCUGGCCGGCGAACGGGCGGCCAGUGAGACUGCAGCAGCUUUACAGGCCCAACCACCACCAGCCGGAGCCGCCGUACCGAUAAGAUAAGGGAGGAAAUGGGAAGGGGAGGAGGAGGGAGAGGAAAAGCCGGUUUGGAGGUCGUCCAAAAAGCAAACAGUGGCUGUCACUAUCAUGUAAGACUGAUCAAGAGACAGAAAGCACUGCAGUGUCUCUGUUCUCCAUCCAUGACUCAUGAAACCAGAGCAGAGGCGGGGGGGAGGUCAGGUCAGGUCAGGUCAGGUGAGGGUUAGGGAUGGGCUUCGAUAGCUGGAUUUGUAAAGCUGCUACAAUGCUAACGAGUCUCUCAUCACCAGCUUAAGUCCCUCCUUUUGCCUUUUCAUAUUUAAAUGGAAAACUUAUAGAGAAAUCCUGCAGCUGAUUUCUGUUUCUGGUCUUUCGAAAGCCAUUACUGCCAUUUACUGAGGUCUGUCGAGUCCUUAAGUCCAACCUGUUGAGUUUUUUAGGCCUCAAAGCCACAGUCUGAAAUGAAUAAAGACACAAAUUUAGAGAGAAAAUUACAUUUCCGUCUCACCUCCGCAGUCUGGGUGGGGCAAUGAACUCAUCAAACUUGAAUUCUGGCAUUGAAAUAAAUAAAUGCAUCAUUUCAUCUGUGAACGUGUUGAAAUGUAUGCAAGUAAACAAAGCACCGAGCUAGUUUUGGAUGCAGGGUAGCUAGCUGCGAACCGUUAGCCACAUGUAGGCUCGUUUUCAUUGCGGUUCGUGGUCAAUACCUGGUCAGCAUGCCGCUCAAAACACAGUUGAUCUGGGUUAAUAAUAACGGAGGUUCAGGAAGGAGAUGUAGCUUUGAUUAAACAAUUCUAACUUGAAUGACCUACUUUAAGAUGAACCUGUUAAUCAGGGAUUCAGAUUUGAUGAAGAGCUAUCGAACCCCACCCCCAGAGGGAAGGAAUUGAUGUUGUUUUUUAAUUUUAUUAUAUUUUUAUACUUUUCGAGAAGGGAAGAGAAGCACAGGGUUGAGAAGCACAUCUUUUAAAAGAGGAGAAAGAGAAAUAAGUCGCCGUCCAUUCAUGAGGUUUCCAAAACAGAGACGUGAGCGACGGCGUCAAUCAAAAGGUGUUUUAAUGUCAUUGUUCUUCAUCUCAUCCAAUAAUAACGUUCAUAUACUUGGAAUAAACUCCCAGGUUUAGUGAAUGGCUGAAGAGUUUAAACUGGGAACAAAGGGAGAGGUGGUAUUUAUUAAUAAUUCCCUGUCAGAAUGAUGUGUGUCUGGCUUCCUGUGUGAUUUUAUGAGCUCCCACCGUCUAUUUAUUCAUGUAAAUCCUAUUUUAAAUGGCUGACUUCAAAGCUUCUUGUUUACUGUGCUAAAUGAGGAGCCGCUUCUCUUUUUCAGUGUGUUUUUAUUUUCAUUUCUGCCCCCCCCCCCCCACCGCCCCUCUCCGAAGUGAGAGAUGCAGAGUGAGGGGAAUUUAAUCUCUGUGAGAAUAACGGCGCUCUGCAAAGCCACAGAAUAUAAUAUAAGGAGGUUUUCCUUCUGAAGUCGACCUCCUUUAUCCUCAUUACUCAUCUUUCAGCAUUUAAAACGGGAAAAAGCUCGGGAUUGUAGAUUUUGCUCAUUAAAGGGAUGGUUCGGAUUUAUUUGAUGUGGGGUUAAAGGAGGCCGGUGUCAAUUAGGGUGGAAUGGAGAGUAUGACAUAUCAUCAAUUACCAAUUUGAAUAACUUCAAUCAAUCAUUUUAAAUUGAAUUUUACUAUAACAUAAGCCAUUAUCAUAAAUUAAACAUGGGUUUUUGGGGGUGUUCAGCAUACGAGACACUCUGUGCUUGCAGCGUACAAGAAAGAAACCCAGAAGAUGUAACAAACGUCGAGGAGAGCCACAGAGCAAAGAUCCCCCUCUUAGGAGCUAUGCAUUAGAUGCCAUGAGUAUAGAUAAAAAGAAAUACAGGAAAUAACAAUCUAAAUAUCAAAAAUGAUCCUUUGAAUGGAUACAACAAAAAAGAUGGAGGCAGGACGAUGUCAACAAUCGUCCAUGUGUCGCCAAAAAUACAAAUUUGGGUCGAAAUGACACGCAUUGAAAAACUUACAUCACACAUCUUUUAGAACAAGGAAAGAGAUGUCAGGAUAUCCAAAAUCAGUGACCAGUGAUUUUUAGCUUGGAAAACACAGGUCAUUACUGCCUCCAUGCAGUAGAGUGUGUGUGGUAUUGUGGUGGAUUGAUUUACAAACACUGGAAUCACACAAUAACACAAACUAACUGAAAGAUGUUUGCAGCAGCAGACCCUCCUGGGUUUUGCAUGCUUCAAUUACAGUUUUUCUCAGUGGCUUUUAAAGAGGUGUUUUACAGCAAGGUGAAAUAUGUGAAAUAUAAACAGAUUUUCAUUUCGCUGCUCUCUUCCUCCACAUCAGACCCCACUUAAAAACAUCUGAACUAUCCCUUUAAUAACUCAUUUAAGUGCAUGCUUAGUACAGCUUGGCAACGUACAUGAAAAUGCCUUUUGCAGGCCGGUGCCCAGUGACAUACAGAGGUAAAGAAAGGAGUUGUUCUAUUAACGGGAAUAUUCCUAAUCAAGUAAGAGUUGUAAAUGCAUUUCGAGCCUGUGAGGAUUAUUUUAUGUUGGGUUUUUUUGCCAUCAUUCUUCCACAAACUGCUGGGAUCUGUGAAUGAAGCUGCGUCGAUUUAAAAGAAGUGCAGAGAGAUGCAAAGUGUCCGGGUAAACAAAAUAACACAGCCCUUAUCAGAUGAUCUUUGUUUUAGCUCCAACGUCUGUGGGCUCUUUCCCGAUGAUCUGAAUUUAGUUAAAGUUGCUUAUCCUUUCAUCUCUACGAGCAUAUUAUUGAGUUAGCUGAAGCACAAACUGGAAAAGCUGACGCCUCACACAUUGCCCGACAUUGUUAUUAAUACUAAAAGGAUGAUAGAUGAUUACGUUAUAAACAUGUGAUGCAUUUUAAUUCUAUAAUUCCUAGAUUUUUGUUGCUUUUCUUGUUUAUUUAUUGUAUAUUUGUGGAAGAAAAUGGACCAAAAAAUCCUCCUUUUACUGUCAUUUACAACCCGUCUGUUGAACUUCUUUUUAUUCCUGUUGCUGCAUUCACAGAAAUUACCUUUAAAAUGUUAUUAUAGUAAGGAAGAUGAUGGCUCAAUAUGUUCUGGUACAUAAAAGUGGUUAAAUUAUUAACAAUAAAAUGUGCCGAGGAUGUUUGUUUUCUCCAGAUUUGGUGAUAUUUUAUGCAGUUUUUUCUCCACUCUGAGUUUUAUUCAUUAUUUAGUUUGUCUGUUUCUUUUUAUUUAAUGUCAUGCCUUCAACAACAUGCUUUUGCUUGCCAUCUCUUACUGAAUAAAACAAGAACACAUUGCCUUCAA